GAUGGCGUCCUGAGCGUACCACGCUCACCGUCUCGACCAAUCAGAAAUCAGCCUCGCGCUGUUACUAGCAGCCAAUCAGCGUUUCCUGGACUCUUCUUGAAAACAUGUCGCCCAUGAAGCUGUGUGUUCCAGGUGAAAGGCUUUGCAGCGUGGAGGACUGCAUCCCCGGCGCAGGCACGUAUCUGCGGCACGGCUCCAUUUAUGCCUCGCUGGCAGGCUACGUGCUCAGGAGGAAUGAAGGCGAGGAGCUACCGGUGAUCUCGGUAGUUAAAGAGACAGAAGCACAGCUUUUGCCCGACGUCGGAGCCAUCGUCACCUGUAAGGUGACGAGCAUCAACCCACGGUUUGCUAAAGUGCACAUCCUCUACGUGGGAUCUACUCCUCUCAAAGACAGGUUCAGAGGCACGAUUAGGAAAGAAGACGUGAGAGCGACAGAGAAAGACAAAGUGGAGACGUAUAAAAGUUUCAGGCCCGGUGACAUCGUCCUCGCCAAAGUGAUCUCAUUGGGCGACGUGCAGUCGAACUACUUGCUGACCACGGCGGAGAACGAACUGGGCGUGGUCGUGGCCCACAGCGAGGCAGGAGUACAGAUGGUUCCUAUCAGCUGGUGUGAGAUGCAGUGUCCUCGAACGCACAAUAAAGAGUUUCGCAAGGUGGCGCGAGUGCAGCCGGAGUACCUGCAGGCGUGAACGACCCCGAGCGCCAACCUUUACCCCCGGAACACACAGCUUCAUACACACACACACACACACACACACACACACGCGCUUAUAUAGUGAAGCUAGCCGUGAUGUAGGUGUCACUCAACUGGAAAUGCUGGAGUUUGUAACCCCAGUUUACUGAGAAUUUUGAUUAAAUUUCAUUAGAGUGCUUUGACCCGUUCAUGUUAGCGUGAAAGUGUGACUAAUGUGCUCUAACAGGAAUCGCUUUCUUUUCUGAAGAUCAAACUGGAGAGCAACGUCCAGAACCAGCUAGCGUUCCUCCCCCUCAAACAGGAAUUUUUUGAAGAAUGUUUUUUUUUUUUUUUUUAAACUGUGCAGUUUUCAAGCCUCUGUAAUGCACAUGGACCGCUAACGAAAUGCUCAGAGAUGAUUUCAUUUGUCUUUUUAAUUUUUUUUUUCCAGCCAUCAUUUUAUGCUUAAGUCAUCCUGCUUGUUCUUUUUCUAAAUGGUUUCAUUUCUGUACAUGGAGAGGUCAUGUAUUUACAGCAGUCCAAAUAAAGUGAAAGAAAAAUGA